ACUAAAUUUGGAGCACUUUAGCGCACGCGAAAGAAUUGUCUAAACAAGAAAAACUCUAGCGUAUGCGAAAAUCUCUCGCUCCAUCUCUCAUACAAGUACUCCGUUCGCUUCUUACAAGAAAAUUUGGAGCACUUAAGCGCACGCGAAAGAAUUGCUAAAAAAAAAAGUUCAUUUAUACCACUCUAACCUCAAAAUGCAAACUUUAAUUGCAAUUUUCGGCUCCCGUGGUAUAGUAUACUAUUCUAGCGUACGCGAAAAGUUGAUUUUUCUAGCGUGCGCGACAGAUUUAGCGCACGCGAAAGGUUGAUUAGUAGCGUACGCGAAAAAUUUUCCGGAAAAUUGUCUGUGGUUUUCGCGUACGCGAUAUCGGCCGCGGAGACACACUCUUUUUUUUAUUACAGUGUUUUAUUUAACUGUAUUUAACAAAUUCAAAUAUUGGAUCUAAUUGCUGCUGAUACUAGUCACACCUGAUAUUAAUUGAUUAAUCAUUUUGGAUUUAUAUGAAAUUUAUCAAGAUAAAUGAGAAGCGAAAAGGAACAGAAUAAUCUAGUUCCCGGACUUCUCUCUUGUUUCAGCAACAUUAAUGCUACUAAAGUCAGCUAUGCCAUCAGAACCAGUUUGGGACCCAGGGGAAUGCACAAAAUGAUCCGGGCUGAUAACAGUGAGGUCACCAUCACAAAUGACGGAGCAUCUAUCCUGAAGGAGAUGAAUGUUAUGUAUCCACCCAGCUGCAAAAAUGUCUUUCAUUUGGUAGAGUUGUCCAGAGCACAGGAUAUCAAAGCUAGCGAUGGAACCACAAGUGUUAUCGUGAUUGCUGGAAAACUUUCGGAAGCUGUGGAAUGUCUGCUCCAGACAGACAUUGAUACUACUUUUAUCUGCGAUGCUUUCCAGAAGGCCUCUGCAAAAACUGUCGAAUAUUACAGGACAUCAAGUUAAUCAGAAAGUUUGUAAUUAAGAAUUAGACAAAGAGAUCCAAAUAAAUGUACAAAUUGUAUUA